AUGUUAGUCCGCGGUCACUGCAUAGUUUGGGAAAAUCGCGAUCAAUUGCCUACAUGGUUGAGAACGUUGCCACCUCCCCUCUUAUCAGCAGCUAUUGAGAGGAUAUUUUCCUCAAUAAUCCCAAGAUUUCAAGGCCAAGUGAUGCAUUGGGAUGUUGAUAAUGAAAACAUGCAUUUUAAUUUCUUGGUAAGCCAAUUAGGCGUAAACACCUCGGCUUAUUUCUACAGGAAAGCUCAUGACAUGGAUGGCUAUGCUGUUAUGUUCUUGAAUGAGUUUGGUACAAUUGAAACUCCUGAUGAUAAUGUUGCAAAUCCAGCUAAAUACUUAGCCAAGAUUAAGGAAAUUCAAUCAAUGGGGUAUGAUGGACCUCUUGGAAUGGGACUCCAAGGUCAUUUUGGUACUCCAAAUAUACCUUAUAUGAGAAGUGCACUUGAUAUGCUGAAAACUGCAGAUAUCCUUUAG